UCGCCGACCACCGCGCCGCGAGCACGCCUUGUAAUGCUCACAGUAUUUUGACGCGACAUGGCCUCGUCUGCGAGCGGCAACAUCGUCGUCGAGUGGUUGCGAUCGCUCCACUUGGGCCAAUACGCGGAAAGUUUUAUUGAUAACGGAUAUGAUGACUUAGAAAUAUGCAAACAAGUAGGAGAACCAGACUUGGAUGCUAUUGGCGUCCUGAACCCUGCUCAUCGUCAGCGAUUGCUUCAUUCAGUCAGAUCUUUGAGAGAGGAAGGAGCGGCGGCUGUUUAUUUUACUUUGGAGGAGGCAGCCGCCGCUCGGGACUCUUGUAGAUGUGAGGAAGAAGCAAGGAAAGAGCAGGCGACAGCAGCAGUGGAACCGGCGAAAUAUGUUGACGAGUAUGAGGAAGGGAAAGCAGAGUUAGUGAAGAUACCUCGGAUGCAACUGAAACGUUUGCUUCGCGAACGUCUCGCUCAGGACGGGAUACGUCUGAGCCUGCAGCCAUAUUCAACCACGGAUGGAGACCGGGGCUACUUAGAAGGUCUAGCCUCUCGAUACGCGGACCUCUUCUCAACACACUAUGGCGACGUUCUAGACCACCUUGAAGAGUUGCGAAGACACGAAUGGGACGAGAUGUCUCCCAGAAUGAGGGUGCUCGGAGGCCCUGGAACACCUCAAACUCCACCUUCGGCAAGUCCUGGUUCCCUAGCUUUGAAUAACUUGACCACGUCGCAUUCGCAGCCCAUUUAUGUGCCUGGAAAGUAUUCGCCCUCAAGCUGUCUCACAGAGAAAGAGGAGGACGAAAUCUACGGGUUCGGGUACGGCGUGUUCGGUAAACAAAUGCUGCAACGGCAACAGCAACAGAAGCAAUUGCUGUUGGCGCAACCCACACAACCACUUAUGCAUAACACACAACAUAACUAUCAAAGUUGCCUCAGUCCACGGUCAGCCUAUUUCUACGAGUUUCCACCUAGUGGCAUUAUUUUUGUAGACAACUGCCUGGGUACAGCUAAGAAGAAGGUGACAACAUUUUCGAGGCUGCUUCGAGGACUGAAAUCCCAUAGGAAAGAGAAGCAUGGUUCAUGUUCGCCUAAACACACGCAUAGCCCGAGACAAGUACUACCACCCCAAAGGGUGGACACACCGGACAGCGUGCUACAAAGUGGCCUUGGCCUAGGGCCUGGGCCCGACACAGCUCUUAGGUCUAUGGUUGAUCCAAGAGACUAUGACCGCCUCCGCUUCUUUCAAAUGAGUGCCGCCCAACCAAACACCUUCGAAGAAACUAUACAUAGGUUAAAAGUCCAAGAAGCAAUGAAGAAAAAAGACAAACUAGCGAGAGAACAGGAAGAGAUCCUUAGAGAUAUAAGACAUGGUCUUAUGAACAUGGGAAGAGACGGCGUGCGGGGACCUUUCGGAGACGAUACGUAUAUGUAUGACGACGAAGCGAGAGGCCUAUCAGGAAGAGGGCAUUGGUACGACGAACCGCCUUACGAAAGUGACCCUGAAGACUUCUUGAUGGGCGGGGGAGCACCUGCCGCAUCAUUUCAGAAUGGUCGUGUUUGUUUUACUUUAAAUCUCAGAAAUGAAUCCAGAGGAGAAGGCGUAAUAUCGCUAAGAAGCGCUGGCGAUAUAAGUUUAGCGAGAACCCCUCGGAGGGGAUUAAUUAUUCCGCAGAGUGGCCCCUACCCGACCACCGUGAUCCCCUUGCGAACGGCAAGAGAUCGGGAGAGUGGGGAUUACGCCGCAUCUGAUAUACAAUCUAUAGGAUCAAGGUUAUCAGGCAUUUCUUUAGAAUCCAACCGAUCAGAACGAGAUUCCAGGAGGGGUUAUAGGCAAAUGUCCGGUUACCGGAUAGGAGCCGAUCCUUUAUCACCAGCUUCGUCAGAUUAUGAAGACCAGGAAAGUGAAACAGAUUCACAGCACAUAGCCACAGUGCACAAGUCAGCUGAAGAAUGUGAAGGUGUCUCGAACUUAGCAGGAAAAGUAAGAGGGCUCAGACAAGACGUCCAGAGAAAAAUAUCAAGGCUAAGGCAAGAACGGGGCCCCGAAGGCAGCGACAGGCGGACGAGUGGUGACCAAGCAUUUCCAUGUUCUAAUAGUUCUUUCGAAAGUCUUCCCAGCGGAUCAGGCAGUAGCACACAAGCAUUGGUUCGCGCCGGUAGUAAUCACUCAUCUCUCUCGGCAGAAGAAAACAUAGAAUUAAGUCCAGCCGGGCGGAGUUUACUCGUGCCGCAAAUGCUGUGUCGAGCUCGGGCCCUCGUCGAUUACGUACCCAAUAUUUAUGAGAAAGAUGCCCUGAGAUACAAGAAAGGAGACAUCAUAGAAGUGAUAAACAUGAAUGCAUCCGGCAUAUGGCGAGGCGUAUUGAACAAUAAAGUUGGAAACUUCAAGUUUGCUCAUGUCGAAGUUUUAUCUGAAAGAGACACGGUACGUUCAAGAUCGUCCAAAUGGUGCAAAAGUCGCGAAAGGCUUUGGGAAACGCGGCCACGUACGGUAGAAGAAUUAUUGAGAAGGAUAGACUUGUUGGAAUAUGCUGUGGCCUUUGCAAGGAAUGGAUAUGAAGACAUAGAACUGUUCAAGGAGAUUGAACCAUCAGAUUUGGACUACUUGGGAAUAAUGACUCCAGAACAUCGCACACGUAUUCUCGCAGCUGUUCAACUUCUGCACCAGCUUGAAUGCGUUGAAGGUGAAGCAGAAGCCGAUGGAGGUGGUUCAAGCUCUGAGGGUGGUGACUCUCCCUUCGGUAGACGACAAUUUCCUCGAGACUCGGGGUGUUAUGAAGCAGGCGUUGGGGUUGGAGGUGUUCGAGUCCGGACCUCGCCACUAGUUCACAGGGCCGACGAGCCAACACACAGGCCUCCAGAACCAGCGCCGCAAGCUAAACGCUCCAUUCGUCGACGUCAACCAGAUGACGCCGAAUGUGAUAGAAUUGAGCGUUAUCCAGGUACAGUCACGGAACGAACGACAACACGAAGUGGCGGUCUUCCCGGUGGCGCUAGAGACGACACUUGUGAAUCUGACCACCGACUAAAUGUAGUUAAGUUUGUAGCCGGCGGGGAACCAUGUGCAUCGGAGAAAAGUAGCGACUCGGGGGUGAGUAGUUCGUCAUUAAGUUCAGCUCAUCCCCACCGUCCCUGAGCGAGGCCUGCCGCGCCCGCGCUUGCCUAGGCGCUGGCGCGGGCGCGUGCGCAAGCCGCGCAGCCGCCCGCUCCCCCCGCCGACACUGAACCGUCAGCGCCGCCCGACCCCGAAUAAGAGUAAACUGAACUCUGUAAUACCGCGCAUAUAAACUUCAAUGAACACAUUUUUUUACUUUCUGGUCUACAUAUAUUCCAUUCAAAAAAUCAUUCUUAAUUCACAUGUUUUCAACCACAUUUUAGUACUUAAAUCAAUCGACUCAAAAUAAGACUGAAACUUAUUUUCUUUAUAGGAAUGAUUGUAUAAUUUUAUUUUGGGCGGUGCGAAUUAAGAUAAGUGUGGGUUAACCUCUAUUUGACUUCUGCAUAAGCAAUAGAUGGCUCUCUUUAAAUAUCAUGAUUUACGAUGUCGAGCCCACAAAACUCUUUGUGUAAGAACUUGUUACUUAAAGACUGACUUAAGUUUCAAAGCACUUAUGCGUGCUGUAAUUUUAUGAAACGAUUAACAGUUAAAAUGCAAUAAUGUAAAGAUAUGUAACUCUUCUUCUUUGAUAUAUUCAAGUAAUUGUGGACAAAGAAAAUUAAUCGAUGUUAAUAGAUUCAAUCAUAAAAUAGAUUUCAGUACGGAAUAUUAUUAUGAAUUGUAGAUAUUUAUAUAGGUUGCUUGUUACGGUUUCAUAUGCGGAUAUUGAAAUCGCUAUUUAUCAUUCCGUUAUAAAUUGAAAAGCAUAUCAUGGAUGGCAGCAAUUUAUUAUAAACUUUAGUUUGCUUUUGAUUUGUUACUCUGUUCAAAAUACGAACUUGUGGUUUUCUUUAAAUUUUCAUUAAUUGCAAUAAUUUUAUAGAUAAUAACAUGAUUCACGGCACAUUUUCUCUAAAUUAUUUUGUCAUCAAUGUUGUCCUUCCGUACAUAGUACAUAAAAUGUCCGGGAAUAUCCGCAUUUCCCAGUACGAGGAUAAUCUAAAUACGUUUAGGAUUUAUUUUGAACAGAGUAUUUAAAGGCAUUUAUGACUGUAUUUAGGUAUUAGAGAAGGCAAUAUGCCAGUUUGUGUAAGUACUUGGGCGUUGGAAGCGCAACAUUCAAUAGCAAUAAUUGUAAAUACAUUAAUAGAUAGGUUAAUUAUUAUAUAUGUUGAUAAAAAAAAAGUUUUUUGUAAUUUUUUAAGAGAGCUUUAUGCGGUAUCCCGUGUGUACAGAUAUUGUAGUGAAACAGUGAAAUUUUGAAUUUCACCCCUCGAUCUUCCGUGUCAUGGUAAAGCAAUUUGACAUACUUUACGAUCUUCACACUUGUGACUGGGCUCUCGUAAAAUUGUAACUACUGUCAAACUAUAGACGGGAACAAAACAAUAUUAGGUUUCGCAAGUUGCAUAACAUCAGGUUUGUUGCUUUCCCUUUUGGAAAUAUUAUUGUUUUCCUUAAAGCACUUACCUCAUUUUUGCUCGUUUUAAAUUUGGUAAUGUGAACCUGUAUUCAAUGUGUAUGCUGUUAUACAUAUCGAUGUGAGUUUCUGAAAGAUCAUUUUUGUAAUUCGAUAUCACGGUAACCAAGUUUGAAAUAUUCCCUAUUUUUAUGAGCAACAUUAUGCCUUCCGUAAAAAAACAUCAAAUAUCACCAAUGCAAUGAUGCUCUCUAAAAAUGGUGCUCAAUUCCAAAAACUUUUCACAUUACUUAAUUUUAUCCUUUCACUAUCGAAUUACAAUUUAGUUUAUCAUUAUAGUAAAUAAACAUAUUAUACAGAAAGCAAUAGGUAAGCCUGAAUAUUUGUGUUCAAACCAAUUUGAAGACUUUUGCCCAUUUUUUGUACAAGCUCAGCCAUUCGUGUCAAAAUUGGACACUCCCGACUGUUCGUGGUGUUCCUCUUGUAAAUUUUGUAAAAAAGAAAUUCUUACACACUUUUCGAAUACAAUCGUGAACUAGUCCGAACUAUUGAAUGUACAUAGUUAAAUGUUUGUUACUUGUAUAUUGUAGAUAGAAUAUAUUUCUUUUGACAAUUGUAUAUUCAAUAAAAUUAAUUCUUUAUUAAAAAUUCAAUGUUAAAAAGAUAAUUUAUUUAUAAUCAAAAUUAUGUUAAUGAUGCUCAGGUAGAUUUGAACUUAUCCAUAGGUUUUGUGGUUAUAGUGUUGUUUUUAAGACUUGUGAUUAUAAUAAUUAAGCUAUAUAAUUCACUUUUUUAUUUCCGUUAGCCAUACAUCAUUAACUGUGCGUACUUUUUGUAGCAAUAUUUAUAUUUUUUUUAAACAGACCUUAUGUGUAAGUUAACAAAUCUGUUUACAAACAUGGAUUCUAAAUAAAUAAAUCCAAAAAUUAA